AUGGCCUUUUUCCCACCAAUCUCUCAAUGGAACGUUCCGUCGGAACUUCUCCCAGGUCUCUCCAAGUAUGCCACGCCGACGGGUAUAGCCGAUUACGCUGCCCUAAUGACCAUUGCUGGCAUCAGUGCUGGUUAUCUGUCUCGUGGAAUCCUUUGGGACCAGCCCGACCCAUACCAUCAUCUCGCAUUCGAACGGCCCCAGCUCAAGUAUGGUGGUCAGGCAGGAGCAAACGUAAACAAAGAGACAAGAAAUAUUGCACAGAAACUGGAAGAGACGGGGAAAAACAUCGUUGUCUUCUGGGGAUCUCAGUCAGGUACGGCUGAAGGCUUUGCUUACCGCCUGGCAAGGGAAAUGUCUAUUCGCUGGGAACAGGAAAGCAUGACGGCAGAUCUGUCCGACUAUGACCCUAUCACCAUCACUGAAAUUCCAAGUACGAAGUUAGCUAUCUUCAUCAUCUCGACUUAUGGUGAGGGCGACCCCAGUGAUAAUACAGCCGACUUCUGGAGCUGGAUCAAUAAAGCUAGCGAUGUUUCUCUCUCCAACCUUCGAUAUGCGGCAUUUGGUCUGGGAAACACAAACUACAAAUUUUACAAUCGUGUUAUUGACGUUGUUGUCGAGGGCAUGGACAAAUUUGGAGCCAAGGCUCUCAUGCCGGUUGGAAAGGCCAAUGAUGCCGAAGGGACCACCGAGGAGGACUUCAUGGCUUGGAAGGACAGUUUGUUCGAGGUCUUCAAGGGGCAGCUUGGGUUCCACGAGGUCGAAGCCAAGCACGUCCCAAGUUUAGUCAUUCAAGAGGACGAGUCUUUGGAACCCAUCGACCUGCAUCAUGGAGAGCCAAACAGCCAUAUCGAUGCACCUAAGUCAGCGGCUCAGUCUUCAGCUGUUCGAACACUGAAAAUCUCAAACGCCCGAGAAUUGUUUACUGCUUCAGGCCGAAACUGUCUUCAUAUGGACCUAGAUCUGAGCAACCAGCCCGAGAUGACCUAUAAGACUGGUGAUCAUCUGGCAAUCUGGCCUGGAAACCCCGAUGCGGAAGUCGAGCGCCUUCUCGAGGUCCUCAAUAUAUCCUCCCGUCGUGAUAUUCCUCUUCAUAUCAAGCCGGUUGAUUCUUCUACGAAGAACAUGAUUCCCUCACCAACCAGCGCCAUUGCGCUGUUCCGCUACUAUCUCGAGAUCUGUGCCCCAGUCAACCGCGACAACAUUCGUGACCUCGCCCAAUUUGCUCCGAGCCCAGAAGCAACGGCCUUUCUCCUUCAGCUCGGUCAGGAUAGACAAGCUUAUGCAGAAUUCAUCAACCGCACCCAUGUCAACCUCGGUCGACUUCUGCAGCUCGCAUGCUCCGAUAAGCCAUGGUCAGAUCUGCCACUUUCAUACUUUGUCGAGACACUGCCACACAUUCGGCCACGCUUCUACUCCAUCUCUUCAAGUAGCGUGGUCUCACCCCGCAAGCCAUCCAUCACAGCGAUUGUAUCCACGACCCCUCUUCCCGACAACCCCAACGAACUCGUCCACGGUGUCACAUCAAAUUACCUCCUCGCCAUUUCCCAACACUCUCAGUCCAAGAUACACCCCCACAGAAUCACCUAUCAUCUUAAUGGACCCAGCGAUGCCCUGCAAGAUGGCAAAGUGUUCGCUCACAUCCGCCGAAGCAAGUUCAAGCUCCCCAUCACUGGCAAAACACCAUUGAUCAUGGUUGGUGCUGGAACAGGCCUCGCUCCCUUCCGCGCAUUCCUUUCAGAACGAUGUCAGGUCCAAAAGAUCGGCAAAGAGAUAGGUCAAAUGAUCCUGUUCUUUGGAUGUCGAAGCCCGGAUGAAGAUUUCAUCUACCGUGACGAGUUGGAGGAAAUGCAAAAAGCUCUUGGGGACAAGCUGCGUCUGGUAACGGCAUUCUCGAGACAGGAGGGUACUCCACGUCGAUAUGUACAAGACCGGGUUUCUGAGCUCGGUGAGGAUGUCGUCAAGCUUAUUGAUGAAGGUGCUAGCUUUUAUGUAUGUGGGAGGGCAGGCAUGGCUCGUGAAGUGGAGAAGGUUGUUGGUGUGAUGAUGCAGAAGGCGAAAGGCUGGACAGAGGAUGAGGUCAAUAGCUGGAGUAAGGCUGUCAAGAAGAAGAAUAAAUGGCAGGAGGAUGUCUGGGGUUAA